AUCGAUAGAUUGAUAUUUUGAUGUAGUUUCCCAUCUCAAACUUCGUCAACGCCGUGAUUAACUCCAAAUUAAAAGUUAUUAAAUUGCAACAAAACGCAGAAAACGGUGUACAAUGAGUGAUCAAAAAACGAGUGGGUCGUCUCCGACGGCGAUUUCAAUGGACAAUGCCGCCGCACGACAGAAAAUCGAGGCGGAAUACCACAGUAAAAAGCCUGUGUGGCCGCGCUACUAUAAGGAAAUUUGUGAGAAAUGCGACAGGGAGGCGAAGGAACAACAGUUCAGCACUUCGGAAUCGGAACGCCACCAGAACCGCGGCCUGAAUCGUUAUCGGGAUGUGAAUCCAUACGACCAUUCGCGCAUCGUCUUAAAGCGCGGCAGCGUUGACUACAUCAAUGCCAAUCUGGUUAAGAUGGAGCGCGCCGCUCGUAAGUACAUAUUAACCCAGGGACCCCUGGAGGACACAGUGGGUCACUUCUGGCUAAUGGUCUGGGAGCAGGCGUCCACCGCCAUUCUGAUGCUCAAUAAGCUAAUGGAGAAGAAGCAGAUCAAGUGCCACCUAUACUGGCCCAACGAAAUGGGAGCGGAUAAGGCCCUCAAGCUGCCGCAUGUCAAGCUCACGGUGGAGCUCGUACGCUGCGAGACUUACCAGAACUUUGUACGGCGGUGGUUCAAAUUAACCGAUCUCGAAACGCAGCAGAGCCGGGAGGUGUUGCAGUUUCAUUACACAACAUGGCCAGACUUUGGCAUACCCGGUUCGCCGGACGCAUUCCUCAAGUUCUUGCAGCAAGUCCGCGACUCGGGCUGCCUCAGCCGCGACGUGGGACCAGCGGUGGUGCACUGCAGUGCCGGCAUAGGAAGAUCGGGUACCUUUUGCCUUGUGGACUGCUGCCUGGUCCUGAUCGAUCAGUAUGGCGAAUGCAAUGUAUCCAAGGUGCUGUGUGAGCUGCGCAGCUAUCGCAUGGGUCUGAUCCAGACCGCCGACCAGCUGGACUUCUCCUACCAGGCCAUCAUCGAGGGCAUCCAGAAGCUGCAAGAUCCCACCUUUCUCAACGCUGAGGAGCCGACAAUCAGCAAUGACACAGACACCAAUCACACACUGGACGAGCUGCCGCCACCGUUGCCACCCCGCGUUCAAUCGCUUAUCCUGCCACUGGCUCCCAACUCUGGCGGCGUACUCUCGCUGGACAUGCGCGCUGCCCAGGCCAAUGGAGCGGCGAUGGCAGGAGAUUUUAUCGGUGAACUAAGCAGCAAGGAUGCCCUGAACAACAUCAUCAAUCAUCCCCACGACAUUAUACGCGAUGCGGAGGUGGCUGAUCGCCUGCGGCCCUUGCCGCCGCUGCCCUUGGUAAGAGAUGGUAACGAUUCAGACAGCGAUGAGGACGACGACGACGAUGACUACUCGCUGGAAGACAUCGAGGAUGAUGACGAGGAUGAGGAGGAGGAGGAAUACGAGACGAUUAACAACGACGAUCACGAUACGGAGCCCGUCAAUGGUCAUGUUCCCAUACCGACAACGACGACACAGGCCGAUGAUGUAAAUGCCAACAACGAGAAGCCUGCGCCAGCCGCUGGCGAACAGAUCAGCAAGGCCAACGGCAUCGACACAAUUCCAGGCCAGCAGCUUUCAGCCAGCCCCGAGAACGAGCUGAAGCGGCGGAAACGCAACGAGUACCAGGCCAGUCUGGAGCAGAAGGUCAACGACAUUAAGCGGAAGCAGCGGGAGAACGAGGACAGCCAGGUGGCGGCAAAGAAACGAAGGUCAUUACUCACAUAUAUUGCCGCUGGUGUUGUGGUGGGCGUGAUCUGCGCCUACGCAUACACGAAGCUAGGUUAAGUGACCCCGCCGUAGCCACUAAGUAGUAGUCGUAGCGACCUAGCUGUCGUAGCAAUAGCUGUAUUAUGACGUAUUUAGUUGCCGUAGGACAGCCGUGAAUUCCAGAUUUCCUGAACGAUCCAUCUAUCCACACCAGAUCGUCGUCUCGAGCUGGCAUCUAAUGUGUGGGACGAGAGGCGAUGGAGGUAUGGCUCGGAUGGGAUCGCAGCGUGGAUUCGUGGCUGAACGAACAAUGAUACACGAUGCAUAAAUAUUAGGGAAUUUUUUAUAUAUAUACGAUGAAACAAAGCAAGAACACGCAACCUUAAACUAAUCGAUAAAUCGGGUAGAAAUCACGACAAAAGUAGAUUUUGCGCAAUAGACUGACACUUUUAGAACAAAUUUAUAUUUUCUACACUCUGAAAAAAUGAUGAUUAACCGAUCGAUCGAGUUCCCGAACGAAAUGCAAAUAUUCUUCAACUAAAAUCGCUCGCUAUGCAAUAAAGUUUUGAUCAUAAAAUCCUCUCCCUUCUUCACACGAAACACACGCUUCACUUGUUGUUGUACAGCAAUUUCUUAUAGCAUAUUUUUUAUGUGUAUUUAUUUAUGAAGAUUAUGAACGAGAAACGAGAACACACUUGUUGAACGAAAAAUAUUAAUUGCAGCACAAUGUGCCAAAAAAAAGAGAGGAAAGAAAUCGAACUGGACAAUUGUAUGAAAGAAAGUCUCUGUAAUCUUACUUUGCAAUGCCCCAUUCGCUCCUUCCGCUGAUUAUAACCACGAAUUGUUGCUAACGCAACAAAUACAGGCAUUGUUUAAAGCAAUAAUAUAGCACAAAAUGCACCUAUACCUCGUUUAAGUCACUUGAAGGAGUUUGAUAAUCAAAAAAUGAUUCAUUUUAUGCGUGUUUUUGUGUUUGAAACCAUCUGGAAAUCAAAAAUAAAGUGAUUGUUUUCAAAAUUA